CGAGCCUCGUCUCAUCAUCCACAUCGUAUCAAAGAAUGUCGUCGGGAGCACUUGGGAUGCUUUCUUUCUCCCUUGACGUGCUUAAACCCCGAUAUUCAGAGGCAGUCGCGCGUCUGAAAAACUCUCUCAUGGCGCUCUUUGCGCUCGUCGUACUCACUCAUCUACUCCCAGUACCUCCUCUUUACUCUGCUCUCUGGAGAGUGUACCGGGGUUCCUAUCGAUCAUUCCCUCAUAAAGUGAUAUCACUCUCGGAAUUCUGGGCAUUUUCCAUUCUGGCGUUCAAUAUCCUCCAAGCAUCUUACGCCAUCUACUCCCCGCGAAAACCGCAUGCACCUCCACCCACUCCUGCAAAACCUCUUUCCAUACUUCAGUCACCACGCGCCACUCCUUCAGCACCAGCCUGGCGAUCUAAAAGUCACGGACUCUCUCCCAACACAACGCCUCAACGCCAGAAGGCCUUCGCACCUUCGGCAUCAUAUACCCCGUCGGAUCCAUUGAACCUCGCGCGGUCGUACACUCUAUCGUUUUUCGGUCCAUCCUCUGAUGCAUCAUUUGCUUCUUCCGUGUCGCUACCACCUUCUCCAUCACCACUGGCGGCAUAUCGUGGACGACAGGGUGGUGCUAUUGGACGACCACUCGAUGCGUCUCUCCUCGCCCGUCUAUCGCAGAUGGAUUCGGAUGAUGAAUGAUCACACCACCCAGAUACUACAUAUGCACACUUAUUAAUGGAUACGAUUCAGGUAUAUGUGCGCGGUGAUUGGCGUAUGCCCAGAUAGGCUCCAUGCAUA